AGCGCACAAAACCAAUGCAAUGGUUCUGACGAAGAAGCUUAAGUACGAUGUCCCGGUCGUUCGCAUGCGAGGUGUCCGGCUGAAUCUCGUAAACGAGAUCAAGUUGUUAGGACUAGUGAUAGACAACAAACUCACCUUCAACGCACAUGUAUCCGCCACGUGCAAGAAAGCUGCGGACAUAUACAAACAGCUAGCAUGUGCAGCGAGGGUGACGUGGGGACUGAAAAGAGAAGUAACCAGAACUAUCUACGUGUCGGUGAUAGAGCCAAUCGUGCUUUACGCAGCGAGCGCUGGGCCCCUGCGGCUGAGAAGCUGAUGGUAAGAAACCAGCUAGACUCACUGCAAAGGGGCUUCGUGCAGAAGAUCUGCAAAGCGUACCGCACGGUGUCUCUGACAUCGGCACUUCUUCUCUCAGGACAGCUGCUUCUCGACCUUCGGGUAGCCGAGGCAGCCACAUUGUUCAGGGUUAAGAAAGGAUACUCAGACGAGUUCUUACCACCCGGAAGGGAGGUGGAGCGAAAAGCCGAGUACCUCCAACAUCCACAUCCGUCAAAACUUGUGCUCACGGAAUACCAGCAGCUGGAAGACUUCAACUCCGAAACCGUAGAAACUCACCAGGUGGUCGGUCCUCACAUAUAUACCGACGGAAGCAAAAUAGAGGGCAAAGUAGGAGCAGCCCUAACCUGGUGGGACGGAGGAAAGGAGGUGAAGCAAAGAACCUUCCGGCUAGAGCCACACAACACUGUCUUCCAAUCGGAACUUUACGAUUCCAGAUCGUCUCUCGACCUGCUGAGGUGCCCCAGAGCAACACACCAACUGGCCCAUAACAUCAAAGAGAUGGUGCGUGGAAUCCGGGAGGAGGGCAGAAACGUGAAACUCUUCUGGUUGAGAGCACACGUAGGGAUACUAGGAAAUGAGCGAGCGGAUGAGCUGGCCAAAAAGGCGGCUCUCACCAAAAAGACAGCGCCAGACUACAACAAAGUCCCAAUUUCGUUCGUGAAAAAGAGCAUACGCGAAGAAACGGUUAAGAGGUGGCAGGAAAGUCCUCCAGCACGGGAUCGGUGACCAAAGUGUUCUUUCCAAAUUUCCUUGCGGCAAAAAGAACAACUGAGGUAAUAACUCUCACACCGACUCUGGUACAGAUCUUUACCGGACACGGAGGGUUCUCAGCGUAUCUACACCGUUUCCACCUCAAAGACUCUCCAUCAUGCGUAUGCGACCCAGACACGGACGAAACAGUCUGGCAUUUACUCUUCGAAUGUCCAAGAUUUAGCAGAGCCCGAAUCGAGCUAGAGCACAAGCUAGAUGUGAGUCUAGACUUGACCACAAUAAGCUCGGACAUGGAGGAUAAGACCACAAGACCUCCAUUCUUGGAAUUCGCGAGUAAAGUCGCAGAAGCCGCCAUAAAAGUCAACUCCACAAGGCAAAGUACAAACACCGUACUAACGACACAAGCACA